AUGAGCCUUGCGCCAUGGGUAUGCAGGAGUUGCUUCAGGGCACUGAGGCGUGGCCCAGUCCGUCAAGCUGUGCGCACCCUCUCAUCUGACGCACCCUCCAGCUCGAGUCAAUCGUUUCUUACCCCCGCCCUCCUCCAACGAGCACAUGCCCUAGUCGAAGAACACAACGCCCUCCAGUCCACCCUCAGCUCCUCCUUCGACCCAGCCAAGGCCAAACGAGCCGGCGAGCUGUCACGCGUCGCAGCCGCCCUACAAGCCUUCGAGAAAGCCAAAGCCUCCGUCGAGGAGCUCUCCUCCCUCAUCGAGACCGAACCUAAGUCGCAGGACGAUGCCGAGCUGGCCUCAAUAGCCCGCGAGGAGCUCGAAGCCGAGCGGGCCAGCCUCAACGCCCUCGCCCGAGAUCUAGGCGCCAGUCUCACCCCCCGAGACGCCUUCGCCGACUUCCCCUGCAUGAUCGAGUUCCGCCCCGGCCCCGGCGGCACCGAGAGCAGGUACUUCACCGACACCCUAUUCCAAAUGUACAAGGCCCUCUGCCUACGUCGAGGCUACCGCGCCAACGUCCUCAAGUACGAAACCGCCGACUCCGCGGGUGACAAGUCCUCCAGCGCCAACGAGCUGCCCCUCCAAGAAGCCGUCCUCGAGGUCCUCGACCCGGGCGCCUACGACAUCUUCCGCAGCGAGGCAGGCAUGCACCGCGUCCAGCGCAUCCCCAGCACCGAGAGCAAGGGCCGAGUCCACACCAGCGUCAGCGCCAUCUGGGUCCUGCCUUUGUUCCCCGAGAGCGGCGCCGGCGGCGACCUAGCCAACCCAGACGACCUAGAGAGCGACUUCUACAUCAACCCGCAGGACUGCCGCAUCGAGACGAUGCGAGCCCGAGGCGCCGGCGGCCAGCACGUCAACAAGACCGAAUCGGCCAUCCGCAUCACCCACAUCCCCACGGGCGAGGUCGUGUCCAUGCAGGACCACCGCUCGCAGCAGCGGAAUCGGCAGGAGGCGUGGAAGCUGCUGCGGUCGCGCGUGGCCGACGGGCGCAGGGAGCAACGGGAGGCCGAGGCGGCGCGGCUGCGCAACUCGGUACUGACGACUGCGCAGAUCCACCGUGGCGAGAAGAUCAGGACGUACAACUACAACCAGGACCGGUGUACGGACCACCGGGCUGGGUUCGACGUGCACAACCUGCCGGAUGUCCUCGAGGGUGGUGAGACGCUGGACAAGGUGAUGACGGCGGCCAAGGAGUGGCUUGUUGGGCGGGAUAUAGAGCUCCUGACACUGGAAGAGGAGGCAAAGGCGGCAAAGAAAUGA